AUGGACUCGACAGAGCGGUUGAUUGAUUUGGCGAUUCAAACUCGUCUGUUUAGUUUGAGCAGUCGUGAUGGUUGGGGCAUUGCUGACGAGCCCUUUUUUGUCGCGGAUCUGGGUCAGGUUAUCCGCCAGCAUCGCCGAUGGAGGGUGAACCUGCCAGACGUGCACCCUUUUUAUGCGGUGAAAUGCAACCCCGAUCCUAAUCUACUCAAACUUCUAGCAAACCUGGGCACAGGCUUUGAUUGCGCCUCGAUAGAGGAGCUACGUACAGUUCUUAGUCUAGGGGUCGAUCCAUGCCGCAUCAUCUUCGCCAAUCCCUGCAAAUCUGCCUCCUCUUUGGUCUUUGCGGCUCGAACAGGUGUGACGCGAACGACCUUUGACAACCUUGAUGAGCUGGAUACCAUCCGAACCUUUCUACCAAAUGCAGAACUUGUCCUGCGAAUUUAUGCCAGCGACAGUGAUGCUUUGAUAGACCUGGGGGAGAAGUUCGGUGCCACAGUUGAGGCCUCGUUGCCUCUAUUGCAACGAGCACGUGAGCUAGGGUUAGAUGUGUGUGGGGUGAGUUUUCAUGUUGGAACCGGGGCCUCCAAUGCAUCAGCCUAUGUGAACGCCAUCCGGCAUGCCAAGAUUGUCUUCGGAUAUGGCAAGAGCCUGGGGUUUGACAUGAACCUUCUGGACAUUGGUGGAGGGUUCCAGGACUGUAACUUGGAAGAUAUUGCAUGUACUCUGAGACCAAUGCUCAAAGAAGAGUUUCCUUCUGGGGUCCGCUUGCUUGCCGAGCCGGGUCGUUACUAUGUUCGCAGCGCCUACACCCUUGCGUGCAAGAUUCUGUCCAGACGGCGUCACAUCGGUACAGAUGAUCACGACAGGCCAGAUAUGCUCUACCAGAACGACGGGGUAUAUGGAAAUUUUAUGAACGUACUGAUUGAGAAAGAAACUGUGCGGCCAUCCUUGGUCGCAUACACUUGGCCAUUCCACAGCCACGGCAAUGAUACUCGGCGGAAGCUCGAGGAGCAUCGAUACACGAUCUGGGGCCCCACUUGCGACAGCAUGGAUUGUGUUGCAAAAGAUGUGCCCAUGACCUCAGAGAUCCGCAUAGGUGAUUGGCUCAAGUACAAGAAUAUGGGUGGUGAGUCUUUGCAUGCCAGACUGCCCGGCAUAGAACCUAAGACUGACUAUCCCCGGAAGCCUACACCACAGCAACGGCGACUCAGUUCAAUGGGUUUUCGAACCAGUAUGACGUGA